AUGAUCGCUACGCUCGUGGUCCCUUUUACCUUCAACCUUUGGUUCCGUAAGAUUCUCAACGUCAUGGAGAUCACGGGAGGAGUGCUUCACAUCUGCUUGUUUGUCAUAUUUGUUGUCAUUCUCAUAGUCUUUGGCUCGCGGAGUGGUGAUGACUUCGUGUUCGAAACCCUGAUCUGGGGAUUGAGCGGCUGGAAUAGCAAAGGCGUAUCAUUUGGGCUCGGUAUACUGCCUGCUACUUUUGCAUUGACUGGCUGUGAUAGCGUCCUGCAUAUGAGUGACGAGGUCAAACAGGCGAAGAACCGAAUUCCUCGGUCCAUCAUUUUCGCCUGCGUGUUGAACUCGGUCUUCUUGAUGGCAUUCAUUAUCAUCUUGCUCUUCUUCAUGGGACCCCUGGAAGCCAUUCCAGAGGCCGCACCGCUGCCGAUCCUCAAUGUGCUCUUCAAUGCGACAGGAUCCAAAACAGCAACAAACACACUGGCCCUUCAUGUAUCCUACUUCCUGCCAAUCCUGUUCAUGCUCAUUCGCCGUCUCGGUGGUCCAAAGCCCCCGUAUGGUCCUUUCAGACUAGGAGCUCUGGGCGUACCGUUGAACAUCUUCAGCUUGUGCUUCCUUGCGUAUGUCGGCAUGUGGAUGCCUUUCCCACAGACGCUUCCAGUUACUAAAGACAACAUGAACUAUGCUGGCCCUGUUUUCGGCGCCGUCAUUGUGGGUGCUCUCUUGGACUGGUUCUUAAAUGGCCGAAAGAGAUUCCAGAUGCCAGUGGUGCGGUACGAAUAG